UUUUGUGACGCAAUGUUGUAUUUCCGGAAGUGGUCCAGCCGGAUUAUCGCAACGUGAAUUUGCUGUUACCGAAAUUUCAUUGAGAAGUUGAAUGAGUUAUUUUAUUUGAAAGCAAUCAUUCCGCGAUGGCAGCUCUUAAAUACGCCGGAAUGGAUGAUACAGACAGUGAAGACGAGCUUCCCCCCGGCUGGGAAGAGAGAUCCACGACAGACGGAUGGGUUUAUUAUGCCAACCAUGAGGAAAUGAAGACUCAGUGGGAGCAUCCCAAAACUGGGAAGAAGAAGCGCUGUGCUGGAGCUUUGCCAUAUGGAUGGGAGCAAGAGACCGAUGAUAAAGGCCAAAUCCUCUAUGUUGACCACAUCAACAAGCGGAGUACGUACUUCGACCCGCGGCAGGCCUUCACCGUGGAGGACGUGCAGCUGAAGCCCAAGCGCUUCGACGGGAACAGCUCGGCUCUGGAGGUGCUGCACGGCAGAGACCUGUCCGACCGCGUGGUGCUCAUCACGGGGGCCAACAGCGGCAUCGGUUUCGAGACCGCCCGAUCCUUCGCUCUUCACGGCGCCCAUGUGAUCUUAGCUUGCCGAAACCAAAGUCGUGCCAUUAAAGCAGCAAGACUGAUCACGGAGGAAUGGCUGGCUUCUCCUGAGUCACAUGAUUAG